UAGUCAUGGUAGAUGGUAGAGUCCAUUCUUGAUGAGCAGGUCGGUACUAGAGUCUGUUGGAGUGAAUCAGACUCACAAGUACUCAGAAGUCUGAGCCCUGGGUCAAGUGAGGGGAAGAUGGCCUUUAUUUGUUUGACUUUUACUCAUAUAUUUAUUAUGAAGACCGAAAUAACUAGAUAAAGGGGGGUGGAAUUCCAAAUUCCAACAACACAUGGAUCUCAUUUUGAGAUCUUUUUAAGGCAUCCCCUGGACAUUUCGAGGUUGAGGUCCAUUAGGAGGAGGCCCCGGGUGGAUCCAGACCCCAUGUCAUGCGUAUGGGAUGGUGUACAGUACAUAAAAAAUACCAUUUGGCAACCCCCAUAUUCAGCAACCUUCUGCUCUUUUAAGGGAUACAUUCUGCACCCCGCAGCUGGAAAGGGCGUUUAGGACUCGUUGUUUCAUCCACUGAGUGAGAGUGUGAAACCCAUUAAAUGUACAUAUAAUUAAUUUUUUAAUAUUUAUGUGAAGACAGGUAAAAGUACUGAUGAUGAAAGACUAUUUAGGCCUUGCCUCAUUACCGAUUUCCGAAAAGCAACAGAGUCAUCUUGCGGUGAGUUGACGUAAUUACACGUAUUAUCACAUUGAAAAGAAACUUACCAGUAACGGAUGCUGGAUGUUACUUUCUUUCUCCUCCCUACGUCCAGUUUUGGUGAUAUUUAAAUAACUUAAAUCAAAUUCUUUUGUGUCUGAUUGAUCCAUGUUGCAGGGCGACUGAAGGUGACUGUUGUGAAUGUGAUGUUGCAGAACUGUCCAGCAGAAGACGAAGUUAAGACAAUACAAAAAAAAUAUUAGUCCUAAUAAUCCAGCGUUUCUGCCAAUACAUAAUCUGUUUUGGUGAAACGAACCUCUUGGGGACGCAACUGGUGAUGAAUUUCAGUCACAGCAGAUGUUCCUCAUGCCCAAAAUCGAUGGUUCUACAGACAUUUCAGAAAGUCCCCGAUGACUGGGCGGGUGCGCUCUGGUGUAAAGGCACGUCCCAUUUCUCUCCCUUUACACGGAGCAGACUUUUUCGCGAGGUUCUUCAAGUUCCUAACGUGCGCCUCUUCUGCUCGGAAGAAGAUGAGACGAAGUCUUCUUCUUGCCGUUUGUGUGGGACUCCUCCUCCACCAGUCAAACGCUGUCUACAUGGAUAAACUUGCAGACAACAAGCUCUGUGGAGACGCAUCCUGCUCGUACGCGAUCUCCAUGGCCACCGCCUUGGACGACUUCAUCGCUCCUGACUGCAGAUUCAUCAACAUAAAACGGGGUCAGAUGGUGUACGUGUAUUCUAAACUCGUACCGGAGGAGGGCGCUGGAGUCUUUUGGUCAGGAAGUGUGUACAGUGAGCGCUACACACACCAGAUGGGCGUGAUCGGAUACUUCCCAGCCACCGUGGUCAACGAGACGCGGAUCUUUUCCAAAGAUCUUGUCAAAAUUCCCACAGCUGACAUGGACUUCUACUGCGAUUAAGGGCUCUGACGUCAUCACCGUUGUUGUUACGCAGCACAUGACACGCUGACGUGACUGUGACACCUAGUGGCCUUUUUGCAGCUCAAGUUAUGUUCUCUUCUAUACUGCUUUUUGUACACGACAAACACGACACAAUUUUACACGUUCAGUAUGUACCGUUUUUCACUCAAGGUUUUUCAAUGCAUUGUGUAUUUCCACUUAAUAUGCAGAUAGAUUUGAAUAAUAAAAGCAUUUCACAUUUCUGCAGGUACUGCAUUCAAUAAUUAAAAAAUAAUAAUGAAAAAAUAUCUAUACUUCUAUCAAUAGAACGGGGCAUGCCUCUGUGAAACUUGCAUGUGAUAGAGUGGUAUAUUUUACUCUUUACUGGCAAUAUUAUGCCCCAUCACAGUAGGCAGACUGACUCUUUUGUUAAAUCACAGACAAGAAUUGGUCAGGGGUGAGAAUACAUAAAAAUAACCCAGAUAAUGCAUGUCAUAUUUUGUCCUAAUAAAUGCCUUAUCUUGAGCCUGCAGGUGUUAAAAUUGAUCUGAGGGCAAUAGAAAACAGUGCAGUACAGAUGCUGGGUCUGUAUGUGGUGUUGAGACACACUGUGAAAAAAAAGGAAAUAUAAAAACUAGAAAUGCACUCAGAGAGUGCACACUUGCACCAAGCAGCUACUUGUUCAGCGCA